AAGAACGGCAAAAAAGUAAGAAGGUAGAAGUCAACAUGUCAGGAGCCCAAGGAACUCUGCCGCCGGGAAGCACGACGGCGACAACAUACCAUUCUGUGCCGGGAGGAGAGAACCAGAGUCGAAUGGAUAUUCACUCCAAAGAGGACGAGGGUAAGGUUCAGAUUGACAAACUACAAGACAAGGUGGAAGAUUGCGCCGGACGUGGUGGCCCCAUUUUCGGUGAUGCAGUGUCAGCCACCGUUGAAGCUCAAGAACAAGGCCGUCCAGACAAGCCAGACCCUGGCGUUACCGGCACCGGAUAGAUUACUAUUUACUACUACUUAUCUGAAUAAACUGCAGUCUUUUGCGUAGUCUAUGUUGGUGUUCAGGUUUUUAGUGUUUGACAGCUGUAUGUAAAAGUUUACAUGAAUGGACGUUUAGAUUUUUGGA